AUGGAAAACUCUUCUUAUCCUGUGAUGUUGACUCUUAUGGUGCCCAGAGAAUCAAAAUCAUACAGGCAUAUAUAUUUUACUUGUUUUCUUUUCCUCUAUUUGCUCAUAUUGUCAAUUAAUAUCCGACUUAUUGCUGUCAUUAUCAUGGAGAAAUCUCUUCAUGAACCCAUGUUCAUGUUUUUGUGUAAUCUGUGUGUAAAUGUAAUAUAUGGAGCAUCAGGAUUCUAUCCAAUAUUUUUGUUUAAUUUGCUCUUGGAUUCAUAUGUGAUCUCCUUUCACAUGUGUGCUCUGCAAACCUAUGUUAUCUACAGCUCUUUAACUACUGAGAUUACAAUAUUAACUGUCAUGUCAUAUGACAGAUAUGUAGCCAUAUGCAGACCUUUGGAUUAUCAUUCCAAGUUAACCAAAAACAGAUGUUUGAAAUUAAUUCUGUUGUCAUGGAUUUUACCAAACUGCUACACAGUACUAGCAGUCCUGUUAUCCAGUUUAAGGGCACUUUGUAAAUAUCACAUUGACAAAUUGUAUUGUGACAACUGGUCAAUUGUAAAGUUGUCUUGUGCUUCAAGUUCUGUUAAUAGUCUUUUAGGAUAUAUUAUUAUUGUCCAAAUUUUUUGUUUUGUAGGUGUUAUCAUAACAUCAUACAUUAAACUCAUCGCUGCCUGUAAAUCAUCUCUAGAAAACAGAAGAAAGUUCUGGCAAACUUGUUUGCCACACUUACUGUCACUUAUGAAUUUAAUUUGUGCUUGGCUUUUUGAUAUCAUGUAUAGCAGAUACGGUGCAAAUGACAUUCCAGAGAGUCUACGUAAUUUUUUGGCUUUAGAACUGAUUAUAGUUCCUCCUGUUUUUAAUCCUCUAAUCUAUGGAUUAAAAAUUAAGGCGGUGCGCCAAAAGGUUUUCAAAUCACGCAUUGCAUCAAGAAUAAAUGUUUUAGAAGUUCAAAAAAAGAACAUAACAUGUAGAACAUAA